CUGAUUAAAGGAAAUUGGUUUCUUUUUGAACUGUCAAUAUAAAAAUUUACUUGACUUUUUGAUUAAAAAUUGGCAUUCUAUUUAGUUUGUAUUAGAAUGGAAGAAAAUAAACCUGCUGACCAGACGUUUGUAAAAGUGGAGUCUUCUACUGAUAAGACAGAAAAUGUAACCAACAGAAAGGAGUAUGGCGGAAGAUCGCGCGGACGCGGCGGGGGCCCUGGACAAAGAAUUAGAAAAAAAUUCAACAAUGCUGGUGGAAAUAAAGACGUUGCUCAGGGACAUAAGAGAGCACUUGGUGAUGAUUUAAAUAAUAACAAUCAUAAUAACCAAAACUUUGACGAGGAGGCAUCAUUUGAAAAUUACGGUCGUUUUAGACCAAAAAGUCUUGAACAAAGGUUACAUGAGAGAACAAUGCAACUAUCUGGACCUACUUAUGAAUUGCCAGCCAACGAUAUACCCGAGAAAAAGUUUAACAGUAGAAAUCGAAUUUAUAUAGGAAAUACCAGUGGUGAAACGACCGAAAAUGAUCUAGAAGAAUUGUUUAAGCCUUAUGGUGAAACAGCCGAAAUUUUCAUUAACAAAGAAAAAAACUUUGCAUUUGUAAAAUUAGACUAUAAUUGUAAUGCCAGAAAAGCGAAAAAAGAACUUGAUGGUUCGACUCUAAGAUCAAGAAAUUUAAAAAUUAGAUUGGCUCCAGUGUCGUCUUCUGUGAAAGUGAAGAAUUUGACUCCUUAUGUGACAAACGAGCUGUUGGUGUAUGCAUUUUCUAUUUUUGGAGAGGUUGAAAGAGCUGUCGUAUGCGUUGAUGAACGUGGCAAACCAUCAGGAGAAGCUAUCAUCGACUUCUCAAAAAAAGGUUCAGCUUUGCAAGCCAUUAAAACUUGCUCAGACGAUUGCUUCCUUUUGACUAGUUCAUUAAGACCAUGUAUAGUGGAACCUUUCGAAUAUUCAGACCAUAACGAUGGUUAUUCUGAAAAAGAUAUUCAAAAAAGAAAUAAAGAUUAUCAGAAUGAGAGAAGCACUGGACCAAGAUUUGCAGCCAAAGGAAGUGUUGAAGAGGGAUUUGGUAUACGUUGGAAAGAGCUGUAUAGUAUUCAUAAUCAAAAGGAACAUUCGUUAAAAAAGGAGUUAAAACUGGAAAUGGAAAAACUUCAAGCCCAAAUAGAGUAUGCAAAGUACGAAUACGAAACUGAAGAAUUAAGAAAUAAGCUACGCAUCAGAGAAAUGAACAAAGAAAAACAAAAACGAGAAUGGGAGAUGAAGCAACGUCAAUUCGAGGAAGAACGUCAACGUACCGAACAAAAUAUGAAACGGAGUCAAGAAGGAAUAGAUGCUCGAGUGUAUCGAGAGCAAGAAGAUAUGAGAAGAAUGCAAGAUGAGAAUAAAUUAUAUUUGCAGGCCCAUAAUCUCGAUUCGAUUCUGGAAAUGCAGGAGAAAGGCUAUGAACAACCAUCUGCUGAGCUAUCUCAGACUUAUGAACAAGGAUGUUCAAACCCCUCCAAUUUUAGUAGUGCUUACAUAAGACCUCCUUCAACUAUAAGAUAUCCAGCGGAAAAUGGUGGAGUGUGGGUCACUGAUAGCAGCAGACAAAAGAGAGCGAGAUUUAAUUAAUAAAAAUACUUUUUGUAAUGUUUGAAAUGUUUUUCCACAAAUAAUGUUUAGUUAUAUUAGUAGAAAAAUAGUACCAGGGUUCAUGCAUUUUAAAUACCACCACUGUUUCUCUUAAUUCGUUUCUAUCCUUUGUUGC